GUUCUUUCUGUUUCUGCAACCAAAAACAAUAGAGGAAGAACGUUGACAGGUCACGUGGCACGUUUCCUCUUAAAUACUCAGUCAGAGAGGCUCACACGCCACCGACCAGCAGCGAUGACUCCGACCACUCAAGGCCUGAUGUUGGGGAGCCUGCUGCUCGUCAGCCUGUGCGUCGGGGCGCUGGCCGUCUUUGACCGCCGGCUGGACGUCCACUGGGAACUGUGGAAGAAGACGAAUGAGAAAAAGUACCAAAACGAGGUGGAGCAUGUGCGCCGCCGGGAAUUGUGGGAGAUGAACCUGAUGCUCAUCACCAAGCACAACCUGGAGGCCUCGAUGGGGCUCCACUCCUACGAGCUGGGCAUGAACCACAUGGGAGACCUGACGACAGAGGAGAUCCUUCAGCCUUACGCCGCGCUCAGUCCCCCCGAUGACCUCCAGAGGGCGCCGUCUCCCUUCGCGGGCACAUCCGGCGCGGGCGCCCCAGACAGCGUGGACUGGAGAGAGAAGGGCCGCGUCACCAGCGUCAAGGACCAGGGUUCUUGUGGCUCCUGCUGGGCCUUCAGCGCCGUGGGGGCCCUGGAGGGCCUGUUAGCCAAGACCACCGGGAAGCUGGUGGACCUCAGCCCCCAAAACCUGAUGGACUGCUCGGGCAAGUACGGAAACCACGGCUGCAACGGCGGCUACAUACACAAAGCCUUCCAGUACGUCAUCGACAACCGGGGCAUCGACUCGGAGGCCGCGUACCCGUACAGAGCAGCGACACAGCAGUGCCGCUACAACGCCGCGCACCGCGUCGCCAACUGCUCCGGGUACAGCCUCCUGCCCCGAGGAGACGAGGGCGCCAUGAAGGAGGCGCUCGCCACCAUCGGACCUCUUUCUGUGGCGAUCGACGCCUCGCAUCGCAAAUUCCACUUCUACAAGAGCGGACUGUACGAUAACCCGAACUGCACCAAGAAGACGAACCACGGCGUGCUGGCGGUCGGCUACGGCGCCCAGAACGGAGACGACUACUGGCUGGUCAAGAACAGCUGGGGGGCCUCUUUCGGGGAGCGGGGCUACAUCCGGAUGUCCCGCAACAAGAAGAACCAGUGUGGCAUCGCUCAGCACAUCAGCUACCCCACCAUGUAGCUGCAGGGGGCGCUGCACUUCGCUUUUUUAGAUACAGUUUAAUUAGUUUAUUACACAUUAAUUAAAUUCUUUUUAAAUUUCUUUUAAUACACCUCUCUAACAAAAGACAAAUAUGUCAAAUUUUGUGUUAUUACAGUUAUGGAAAUUGCCUUAACAGGUGUAUUUUAUUUGUAUUCGAUUUAAUGCUUGUGUUUUUAUUCUGUAAUAAAGAUAGUAAAUCGAC